AUGACUACUCAAGUUAUAUUAUUAUAUGAUAAAAAUCAAGUUACUUGUUCAGUUGAUGUAUCUCAACCUUUACAAACAAUCAUAAAAACAUUAUGCUUGGAACAAUUUAAUAUUCAAGAGCCAGCCGCUUUAUUUGCUUUAAGAUUAUUAGAUACUGAAGAAUUAAUUACUGAAGAAAAUCUUAGAAGAAAGAUAAAGGAAAAUGAGCGAUUAAAAUUGGUUUCAUCACCCUUAAUUGAAGCAGUUGAAAUAUACGAGAAAAUGAGUAGUAACGAUGAAAAAGGGUUAAAACUCGCUACAUUUUCUCUCCAAAAAUAUGUAAAGUUAUUGAUAGAAACAAUAAAUACAUCUAGUGGGAAUACAUUAGCAUAUGCAUUAACAUCAAUGCAAAAUCUUAUGGAACAUGAUCAUGGUUGGGAUAAUUUAGAUUCUGAUUUUAUAAAUAGGAUUAUUAAAAUAUUGGUAAAACAAACACUUGUUAAUAUUUGUAGACCUGCAACAGCUAUUAUUAUUAAAUUAGUAACAGCAGAUAAAAAUUCGAUAACAUCAAUUAAAUCAUACGGAUUUGAUGUUUUAUAUGAUGCUAUGAUCCAUCAACCAAACUUCCUGCCAACAUUAGUACAGCGUUUUGCAUCCGCUGAUUAUGUUUUAUGUAUAAAUAGUUUAUGUUUGAUCAAUGCUUUAAUGAGGCAUGCUACAGAUCAAUAUUGGGAAUCUUUUAUGAAUAUGUUGGAUAAAUUAAAUGUUAGAAAAGCUGUUGCUUAA